AUGUCUGCUGACAUCAACAAGAUGUUUACGAGCAAAAUCUCCAAAACAGCUGAAUAUCUGGAACCAUUUGAUGUCAUAUUUGGGAAUUUUACAAAUAGUCGUACCUUGUUUCCCCGUUAUCGUCAGUAUAAUCCGAAACCCAAGCCGUGGGCAAGAAAGAUAAGAGGCCAGCAGCCACAGAAAGUUCCACUUGGUAAAAGAAAGUCUUCGGGUCGUCUUAGUGUUCCGGAGUCCUCAUCUAACACUGCUCAAGUUUGUAAAGCUGAGGAUACACCACAUACUGACGAUCAAAAGCCUGGCAGAAUUCGCAGUUCUCCAGAAAAGCCUGGAAGAAUCUGCACUUCUCCUGAGAAGCCCGAUAUAUCUGUGGUUAAAAUUAUUUCGCCUAAAAAUAGUACUAAGCAACUGCGUAGACUCCAACCAGGUGUGAGAGCGAACAUGAGCUACGUACCAUUUGGAGCCGGGAUGCCUCGAGGUGGAUAUGCAGUGAUGCGUGGAGGUCGUAGUGGACGAAGUUAUGGUCGUAGAUAUAUUACGAAGCCUAAUAAUAAUCCUAUGGACAUUCCAUUUGCACCACUUCCUGAUGACUCUCCGGCUAUAACUUUAUCUAUUGAUCCUGACAAUUUCAUCUGUUUCCACGGGUUUUCUAGCAUUUUCACAACACAACACACCUUUCCAGUGCUGAUUGAAGGAAAAAUUUAUGAAAGUGGAGACCAUUAUUACCAAAUUCAAAAAGUACACGACCUCUGUGGGACCGUCAGUGAUAGACUGACUGAAACAGUUAGGGAUGAACAAGGUCGCCGACUUGAUGGUAAAGUUGGCUUCAACGAACGUAGGGUCAAAAGUUUCAGUCAAACUGCAAAGGAAGUAAUUCGAUUGAAUAAUGUGGAUAAAAAAAAAGUUGAUGAAUGGCGAUACUCCAAAGGCUUGGAAAUUAUGCAGAAGGUGCUUCUUGCAAAGGUCUCACAGUCCGUGAUGCUUCGUCAGGCUUUAUCGGAAAGUGGUAGGAAAAUCCUGGUUCAUGCUUUUCCCGGCGAUAGUAUAUAUGGCGCAGGGUGUAGGCAUGCACAAGUGAGGAAAUGGUGUGAAAGUAUGAAGGCAAACGGUGCUACCACUAUUAGAAUCCCAGCUACAUUUCCCUUGACCACCGAAUCUGUUGUUAACUGUCCAAACUUUGCACAGGGUCGGAAUGUGCUCGGCGUUAUUCUCAUGCAGCUUAGAGAAAUGCUGCGCGAGAACAAAGUGCCUAUCGUAGACCUGGGUUCCGUGUUCGACUCUCUUCGUAUCGGAUCAAACAAUGUUGACGCGACCAUGGAUGACCAGGAGUUGAAUGUACCAGUUACAUUUCGAAAGACGUUAAUCACCAUGAUUGGACAGUAUUCUUAUGUGCACAGUAGGACGCUAAAUGGACCGUUGGGUCAGGCACAUUGGCACGCAGUACCUCGAUUCUACGAUGAAAUUCUAUCGUUCUUCGAGAAUGCCAUCACUGAUGUCAAUGGAGUGACCGGUGGAGCAAACGGUGUUCGUGAAGAAUUGAGUUGUUCCUGGUGCACAGAAAGAACAUUGAAAGGUGGAGAAGACGAAGUGGAACUCAGCUUCUGCAGCCUCAUCGUCUCCAUAGUUCAUCUUGCAGUGAAUAUAUAA